CAGUAUAUAGACAGCCCAUGAACACUGGUGUGUGUGUGUAUAAUAGUGGUGAAAGGCCAGGCUAAAGCUGUUUCACCGGAUUCUUACAGCUGCAGAGAGGGAGGGAGGAAGAGGGAGAGAGGGGGGUCGUGUUGACACAACAGGCGGGGCUUCCUGGACAGAGGCCCCUACACACACACACACACACACACACACACACACACACAGUGUGGGCUUGCCAGAGGCGUUUAAAGUCUCAACUACAGCUGUUGACUUAGACGGGGGAAGAAGGAUGGCCGAGGAACCUAAGAUCGAGCUGUUCAUAAAGGCCAGUGAUGAUGGUGAGAGUAUAGGGAACUGCCCCUUCUCCCAGCGCCUCUUCAUGAUCCUCUGGCUGAAGAAAGUAAACUUCACCAUCAACACGGUAGACAUAAAGAGGAACCCGGAUGAGUUGAGGGACAUUGCCCCGGGCAGUCAGCUGCCCUUCCUCAUCUACAACGGCGAACUCAAGACGGACAACAACAAGAUUGAGGAGUUUCUCGAGGAUGUUGUCUCCCCUCCCAAGUAUCCAAAACUGGACGUCAAAAACAAGGAGUCCAGGACUGCCGGAGAUAACAUCUUCCAGAAAUUCUCAGCUUACAUUAAGAACCCUCGUCUUGACAAGAAUGAUGCUUUGGAGAAGGUGUUUCUGAAAGCACUUCUGAAGCUGGAUGAGUACCUGAACACGGCCCUGCCCGAUGAAGACAGUACCCGCCCUUCAUCAAGGUUAUUCCUGGAUGGGAAUGAUCUAACCCUGGCUGACUGCAACCUCCUGCCCAAACUCCACAUUGUUCAGGUUGUAUGCCGGCAUUAUCGGAAUUUUACUAUCCCUGACCAGCUGGCAGGCUUGUGUCGGUAUCUGAAAAAUGCGGAGAAACGUGAAGAGUAUGUGAACACUUGCCCGAAUGAAGAGGAAAUUAAACUGGCAUAUAAACAUGUUGUUAAAAGAUUGGUAUAGAUUUGGUUUCCAGAGGUGGGUCAGAGAUUAACUCCUGUCAUGGGCCUCGUUUAUGCUGAUAAUUAGAGGUAUCAAGCUUUAAAGUA